UAGUUAUCAUCAUCACCACUUCAGGCGCUGAUGCUAGUGCGAACAAUGCGAAUUUCGCGUUACGUCGUUGUUGCAUUGUAAAGUUUCAAUGCGUUAUCUGUGAUAUACGUUCAUCAUGUCUGCUACGGCUAUACAUAAAUUUAUAACUUUUGUAGGAUUUAUGUCAAUAUUACAUGCGGCUUAUUCUGCGGCACAGCACCGUUCCUACUUGCGAAUUACUGAACAGGAAUUUACUACUUUGCCAAUUGACAUUUUAAUUCAAGGCAUAGCCAGUUUAUUUAUCGUUAUGUAUGGUGUUAUGUACAUUGCUGGCGAUUUUAAAGAAAUUCGGGCAGUUGUCGAUUUGGAGAAUAAAUCUUGGGAGACUCUACGGAAUCUACCAUCAUUCCAAGUAUUCAAUCAUCGUGGAAGAUCUCUAUCCCCAGAAUAUAUUCCAGAGUAGAACAUAAUACAUUUUUAAUAUCACGAA